UCUAAGGGGAAGUUGCGAGAAGAAAGAAAGGAGGAGACGUGACGGGAUUGUUGAAAUUAUUUUCUUGGUUUCCCCAGCACCACCUCACCACUGUGUCCCGGGUUCCUUGUGUAAAUACUACAGCGGUGGUAUUUGAAGUUUAAAACAUCGUCUGGCUCUCAGCAGAAGUCCUGAUAGUGAGGUUUGGCACACAGGACACCGGGGGAUCUGACUAGGUCAUGGCCAAUCGGGGAGGAGCUACGAGACCCAAUGGACCCAAUGCAGGGAACAAGAUCUGUCAGUUUAAGCUGGUGCUGUUGGGGGAGUCAGCUGUUGGGAAGUCCAGCUUAGUGCUUCGUUUCGUCAAAGGCCAGUUCCAUGAAUUCCAGGAGAGCACAAUAGGAGCGGCCUUUCUCACCCAGACAGUGUGUCUAGAUGACACAACAGUGAAGUUUGAAAUCUGGGACACUGCAGGUCAGGAGCGUUACCACAGUUUGGCACCCAUGUAUUACAGAGGAGCACAGGCUGCUAUUGUGGUCUACGACAUCACAAACGAGGAGUCCUUUGCACGGGCAAAGAACUGGGUGAAGGAGCUGCAGAGACAAGCUAGCCCUAAUAUAGUCAUCGCUCUGUCAGGCAACAAAGCUGACCUAGCCAACAAAAGAGCUGUCGACUUCCAGGAUGCUCAGUCCUACGCAGAUGACAACAGCUUACUUUUCAUGGAGACGUCGGCCAAGACAUCUAUGAAUGUGAAUGAGAUAUUUAUGGCUAUUGCAAAGAGAUUGCCUAAGAGUGAGCCUCAGGCUCCAGGAGGCAACACUGGGCGGAACCGGGGAGUGGACCUGACAGAAGCUGCCCAGCCAGCCAAGGCUCCAUGCUGCAGUAACUAACGUGAAGAAUGCCCCCCCCCAAUCCCCCCACCCACCAACCUGUAUAGCAGUAACUAAUGCGGCUGAUGCCCCGAAUGCCACUGCAGUUACUAAUGCAAUGUGUUGUACCCUUAUCUCCAAUUCUCUGAUCAGCAAAACAAGAUGCCCUGAGCCCACCUUCCAUUUUGCAGUAGCGAAGCCAAUGCCAUUACACUGAUCUGUCAACAUGGCUCUGCCUCUUUUCCUACAUUAUGGUUCUGCUGCUACCUGGUGAAUCCUCUUAACCCUUCUUUCUUACUUUCUGCCAUCUAACUUGUUACAUCCAUCAGUGAUUACUGAUAGACUAAUGACCGCAGAGCUUAGAGAAUAUUAGUGCACCCUACCUUCCAUCAUCUUUCUUCCAAUGUGUAGAUAUGAGUUUCAUUUAGAGGAAGUGGUCACUUCCCUUUUCUGGAAUAGCUUAAGACAUUACUACAGCGAUUCUAAAACCAGUCUUCUGUUUUUGUUCAUUUUUGAUACAUUUUGUUAAUUCUUUUUUGCUAUCUUUUUUUCAAAAUUAUAGAUGCACAUACCUCUAUAUGUACAUGGCCUAAAAUAGGAAAACAAAAAACUUUGUUUUACCUUUUGGCUGAAACAGCACAGAAAAGAAAACUAUUAGAGAAGAGGAGUGUAUUCUUAUGAAUCUGAGAAAGAGGAAAGGCUUGGGGUGGAGACAGAGAGAUGAACCCAAAGCUUUUGUAACUUGGACUCUCUUAUCUGAAAGCUUGUAAAAGUUGUGGACUCUAGUUCUUUUAGAUUUUCUCUCUGUGAUUCUCUGCCUGUCCACUGCUAUCCAUGUUCUUUUUCCACUAAACCCAAAGUAGCGCCAGUGUACAUUCUCUUCUGCCACCCUAAGGCUCUAUUCUGGGGCUAUGCCUGCUUCUAGCUGUCCCUAGUGGCGUCGUGCAAUGUUUCACAGUAUUUACUCUGUGAUUUUCAGUGUCUGCAAGGACCAUUGCAGCACAGUAAAGCCCCCUGCUCCACCCAGCAUUCUCCACAACAAGGCGCAGGGGUCUCUGAGGUACACACCAGUGUCACCACCUCUCCACCUCCUAAUGCAGUGUCCUUUCAUAAGUCUUGUAUACACCGCCUCUCUGUGGUUAUACUGGGGUCUCUUGGGUUUCUGCCUUUGGAUGAUUUAGUUAAUGCAGAUUACCUUUUCCAUUGUGUUAAUGUUGCUGGACCGCUGCUGGUUUUGCACAUGGUAAAAAGCGAAGGUGACGGUAGUGAGUGGGGAGUUGCAAUAUGUAAGGUUGCUUCAUAAUCACCUUCAAAUCAUAAAUAUUUGUCAUCUUCUCUUGAUUAGGAAGUGCUUUAGACACCGCUGUGUCACUGUAUACAAACUGGGCCUGGACUGGCUGGCAGGUGACAGAUUUCAUCCAUAGACUCACUCACACGUGCCCAUUUAUGUGUGUGUAUGUUUGAACAGUUUUGCACAUAAACACACAUUACAUGACUUCUUCCUUCUGAACUCUGUCAGACCUAAACAUCGUUGUACAUAAGCACACACAUACACACACGUAGUCUGUUACAUCACUUCCCUGCCUAUGUUGACAACAUAUUUGUGUUUUUUUCCCAUCCCACCCCCACAUUGUUAUAUACAGACACAUGCAAACGCAUGCACACACACACAUUUCAUACAGUACAUGUGGUUAAUAACUCUUUUUACAGGUCUGUCUUACUCAUGCCUUGCACUAAUGAUGCUCAUGAAUAUAACUUGUCAUAAUUGCAGCCAGUGUGAUAUAAAUAUAUAUAUAUAUAUAUAUAUAUAUAAAAAAUAUAAAUAUAUAAAUAAUAUACUGUAAAUAGGGUGUUGCAGUGUAGUCUAUCUUUUUUUUUUUCAAUUUACCAGUGACAGGACUAAUGCUUGCUAAGGGAGCUGUCUAGAUAAUCAAGGAAAAAAAUGUACAGUUAGAAAAAAAACAGCUACAAUCUGGGUUUGGAAUUUUGUUGCUGUUCCUUUUUUCACACAAAUGGUUAAAUUAUAAUCAGUGGUGGUCUUUAUAAAUGUAUGUAGUGUUAUUAACAAAAAAAUGAAAUUGCAUUUAUUUAGUCGUCUGUCUUGUACCUUUUUCUCAAAAGAAAAAAAAAUAAUAUCAAAAUAUUUUGGUUUCUAUUUUUUAAAAUGAUCUCUUUAUUGGGUUUCACUAAUUCUCUUUUUCGUGGUAUUGGGCUACCAUGCCUUGUCCAGUACUCCUCCCUGUAAGUAGACCUGAACCUCCAGAGACACUGGUUGUAAAAACUCCAGAGGUGUCAGACACAAUACAAACCAGUUUAAGUAACCAACUGUCUGCCCUCCAUAACAUCUCAGUAACAUUGUGAUGAUAUUGUAGCAACAGUGUAACAACUAUCAGCUGGCACAAUGGUGAUUCAUGAAUAAAUGAAUUAACACAUAAUAGGGAUGUAAAUUCUUUUUUUUUUUAUUAUUUUAUUUUUGCCGUGAGCACUUAAUUGCAGCCGAAAACAUUUAAAUGCAAGCAUUUUACAGUACUGUUAUGUAAUGACCAAAUAAAUACUGAAAUAAAUUUGAUCAUUUAUUAUUGUAAUCAGGCUGUGUGUAUGUGUGCGCGCAUGGAACUGGUGAUAUUUGUUCAGUAGCUUUCCAAAAAAAGUUUUUAAAAAGAAAAAAAAGGA